GUCCUGACAAGGUCACAAGAAGAGAGAGGGGAGGAAAGUUGAAGGAUUGAGAGGAGGGCGUAAAACCAAACGACCUUCCUGCCAUCGGCUUCAUCUUCUCCCCGGGCCGCUAUUCCGUUCCACGUUUGGCGACCCUCUUCGGCCCUAGGAAGGUUAACAAGGACCCGGGCAUGUAUCAAGCAUCUCUGCCGUAAUUUACAUUUCUCCUGGAAAAGUAAACCUGCCAGAUUAGAAAUUACAAAACAUAGCAGGGGAUUAGUAUUGGAAGCAGCCGAAAUGAUUCGGCAGGUUUAUUCGCCUCUUUUGUUUUACCUGUGCGGGAAGCAGUUAUUUCCUUCUUCGGGGUAAUCCCUAUGGAAGGAAUCUCUGCUUUCGGAAGUACCCAGACCAGUUUGGAUGAAAAGUUAUGAUGGAUUGAAGCGGUACCACGCCCCAGCAUGAUAAUCGUAUUUGAGUUCUGUAUACCAGGGGUUCUCUUGCUUCCCUGUGCACCAGAAUCUCUUGAAGGGGUCUUCUUAAGAUACAGAUUCCUUGGGCCCUGCCCCAGACCAUCUGAAUCAGAAUCUUCCGGGGUGGCGCCUUGCAGCCAUUUUAAACAGGAAGAUUCUUCAAUCACCAUGUCAAGUGACACAGAUGUUUCUCUUUCUUCAUAUGAUGAAGGUCAGGGAUCUAAACUUAUCCGAAAAGCUAGAGAGGCACCAUUUGUCCCCAUUGGAAUGGCAGGUUUUGCAGCAAUCGUUGCAUAUGGAUUAUAUAAAUUGAAGAGCAGGGGCAAUACUAAAAUGUCUGUUCACCUGAUCCACAUGCGCGUGGCAGCCCAAGGCUUUGUUGUGGGAGCAAUGACUCUUGGUAUGGGCUAUUCCAUGUAUCAAGAAUUCUGGGCAAAACCUAAACCUUAGAAGAGGAGAUGCUGUCUUGGUCUCGGUGGUGCUUGCUUUAGUUAGACAUCUCAUAUUGAGGUUAUAUGUUUAUGUUGAAAAUAAAUUCUGUGGGUCAGACAAUAACUUUGUAAUUUGAAUAUUGGGUUCCUUUCUUGCAGGCUUGAUUUGCCUGGUGACUAGUUCACCAGCUAAGUCAUUCAGGGGAGUCAGAUGAGCACAAAAACAUGUCACUUUUAAAUGCACUCGAUAUUGGUACAGUGUCCACCUUCUUAAACCCUUCUGAUAAAAUUAGUUGUAAAGAGGACAACAUGCCAAACCUGAAAAUGCUCCCAGUUGCUGCAGAAUAUCAUACGCUUUUGAUGUAAUGUAGGAAUCCUAUUUACCCCAGUUAAUUUAACUCUUUCUGACUGCCUUGUGGACUGAGUACUGUUUUUAAGGUCUGGCUGGCUCUUGAAGAACCCUUUCAGAACAGUGCACGGAAUACAACAUUAUAAACCUCCCAGCAACUAUGUGUGUGUUUUUAAACCAAACCUAAAGAGCUGGUAACAGCUGCUUUGAAGUAGUAUCUGUUUCAGAAUCAUAGUUGUAAACAUGAGAAUAACUUAACUGUAGAUCCCCGUUUAGCUGUUUUGUAAUUGCAGAACUAUAGUUUGCUGCUGUUAUAUUAGAAUAAUUUUUAAAUGGCAUUUUGAAAUAGAAGUGUGUAUUUUAAGUGCUAAUGCAAAGGUAAAUGAAAAAUACUUUUUAAAUGUGUGCAGUCUGUUUAUUUCCUCUGAAAGAAUCAUAAAUGUUAAACUAAAUAAAUCGCCUGUAAUGGAAGAGAUUUGUGAGCAAGCUGGUUUGGUCAGACAUUAUACAAACUUUGGUAUACUACAGAAUGCUUUGUUGUACUUGUGAAAUUCUCUUGUCUAACCUGAAUUUACCUUCCAUGGUGAUAACAUGGUAAAUGUAAUGUUAUUAAAGUAAGUGAACACAUCAAAUGUCUUGUAUUUAUUUCAAUUUGGAAAAAACUAUCAUUCUUCAAAGUAGCACAAGUAGUUCCAAGAAAAGAGGGAGAACAUUUUAUGCCUUUUGUAGGAGCCAUAGUUAAAGACUAUUUAACGAACAGGAAUAAUAGCUAACGUUUAUUGAGCAUUUACUGCGUGCCACACACUGCU